UUAGCAUUUCGUGAGAAACAGAGUGAUUGGUUUGGCCAAAAAGGAGUUAACUGGCAUGUUUCAGUGUGUAUUUUUAAAGAUGAAAAUCAGAAUUUAAUGCAAAGAACAUAUACACAUACAAUGGAUGCAGUUAAACAAGAUUGGGUUGCAGUAGCUUCCGUGUUAGAGCACACUUUAAGAACAAUAAAAAUUCAGCUUCCCAGAAUCAACACAGUAUACUUGAGAAGUGAUAAUGCAGGAUGCUACCAUUGUGGCAGUCUUUGGUUGGCUAUACCUAAGAUCACUGAAACAACUGGCAUAACAAUUGCACGGUAUGACUAUAGUGAGCCACAAAAUGGUAAAUCAUAUUGUGACGCAAAGAUUGCCCAUAUGAGAGGGAAAAUCAGAAGAUCAGCUGCAUCUGGUAGUGAUGUUUUAACUGCCUCAGAUAUGAAAAUGGCCAUUGACAAACAUGGUGGAGUAACAUCCUGCCAAGCAGCAUAUGUAGCUGUAGAUCCUAAUUCUCUCGUUAAGAAGAUCACCUGUCCUAUUAAGGCAAUUACAAAGAUUUCAAAUGUCAGAUUCAACAACGAUGACACAAUAACAGCCUGGAAGGCAUUUGAAAUUGGAAAUGGGAAGAAGAUUUCUAUAAAUAGUACUUUAAAUGAUGUAGAAUUGAAUGUUGAUGUCCAUGCAAACUUUACAAUUCCUACACAACCUGAUGGUAUUAUAAAAAAACCAACUAUGCCAAAACAGACAGAUUCAGAGUCAUUUAACAUCAGUUGUCCAGAAAUUGGCUGUAUACUGUAUUUUGAAUCGUACAGUGACAUGAACAACCAUUGUCUGCUAGGCAACCAUGAACACCAAGAUCAUAAAGGAAGCACCUUUAAUGAUAUUAAAUUGAGAUGGAAGGAGUCGUGCUUUAACCUAACUGAAGACACAAUCAAAUUCAGAUGUGAGACUGGGUUAAAGCAAGGCGCCAAUGAACAAAUAAUGGGAUGGGCCUUAAAGAAGGAAAGAAAGGUUGUAAGAUUUUCAGACAAUGUAAAAUCUUACUUGAGCAACAUUUUUGAAGAAGGUGAAAGAAGUGGAAUUAAAGCUAAUCCUUUAACUGUUGUCAGGGACAUGAGAGUGGCAAGGGAUGAAAAUGGAAACAAAAGGUUCACCCCUAAAGAAUAUUUAGAACUUGGACAGAUUGCAUCCUUUUUCUCCAAAUUGGCUGUUAUGCAGAGAUGUAAAACACCAAUUGCAGAUAUUGACCAAGAUCUUGAUGCUGUUAUUCUUGCUUUAAACAAGGCUGAUGCUGUUGAACAAUUAUUGUGAAAAACUUUUUUAAUCAUGUAGUUUAGGCCCCUAAUUUGCUUGUGCCAUAUUUUUGCUGUUAAUCACUUUUGGUUAGAUAACAUGCUAUGAUAAAUCAAAGUUUAAUGUUUUUUUUCUGAAAUACUGAUCCAUGGA